GAUUACAAGCUUGGUUUCAACGGUUCUGAUAAUAAAAAAUGGAAGGGAGCAACUGCUACUAUUUGUGAAAAUCCAGGCAGUCACGUUUAUGGCGUUGUAUGGCAGAUGGAUGAAAAAGACAAAGAGUCACUUGAUAGACAGGAAAGUGUCCCUAAAAUGUAUAGGCCUAUCACCGUUCAUGUGGAAGUGAAAGAUGAGAUACUAACCUGCAGAAGUUAUCAGUUAACAUUGCCGUGGAAGGAGGGCCAACUUCCAUCUACAGUGUACAAGAAUGUGAUAAUAAAAGGUGCGAUUCAGAGUGAACUACCCCAGGAAUACAUAGAGCAACUCACAAAGUUAGAUGAUAAUGGUUUCAAUGGCGAUGUAGACGUUGUGGCUAAACUAAACCAGUUACAUAACAUACAAAUUAACCACCAAUAGUUCAGGAAUCUCAGGAUUGUACCCCAAACAGACAAACACCCAGAUGCGCGUGCAUGCACGCAUGCAAGCAAGCAUGCACGCACGCACGCACGCACGCACACACACACUGUGUUACUGUUUUUAUGUGGUUGUUAUUACUAUAGCUGUUAUGUGGUCUGUAAAGUUACAGCUGUUAUGUCAUUAGCAAAUAACAAUUUGCAUGUGAUUGGUAAAAUCACAGCUUCAAAUUGGAUUGGUAAAAUUGUAGCUAUCGUGUGAUUUGUAAAGUUGGUUUUUUAUACAUGAAUGGUAAUAGUACAUGGGUGGGAAGGAAUGCAAUAUGGGUAGGUAGGGGCAGUAACCCUAUACAAUUUGCUUGUGUACCUGCAUAAAAAAAUCAAUGAAAAGUUAGGAAAUUUGUGAUCUUUCUAUGAAAUCUGGUCUCUGUAGCAACCACUGUAAUGUUUUUUUUAUGCCAUGUAAUGCGUUGAUAUGCACAAAUUUAAUGAAAGCCCGAAGUUAAAUUAUUUCUGAUGAAGAGCGUGUAUUUGAUUGCUAUGUAAUAUAGUAUAUUCUGUAUAUGUAUGGUAUAACAAUGGUGAACAAUGUGCUGCAUUUAUAGAAGGCAAUGUAUA